AUGAAUCCUACGAAGGCUGCUGCUCUGUCUCUUUGUGUUUCCUUCCUCUUUGCGAAUGGUCUUUACGCAGCGGUCCUUGGGUCACUGAAGUACCCUUUCGCCGCGGAUGACCACGGGCUUGUCUCGCAUCUGGAUGUGCAGAAUCGAGGACAAUCGAGUGCUAUCCCCAGGAGUGAGACUCCGCGGAAUGGUACUGCAGUACACAUACCGUCGUAUAUGAUAUCACUGUACAGGACUCUGUCUCAGCUGGAGAGGAGAGGUAAUAACAACGUCUCCCGUUCAACGAGGCACGCUAACACGGUCACCAGCUUUAUGGACAUUGGGAAAGACUACAUCCCGGCUGAGAGCAGGCAGCGCUACGUCUUCGACUCGUCCAGUCUCUCCAGGGCAGAUGACCUGGUGGAGGCAGAGCUGCGUGUUUUGCGGAAGGCCCCGCCGGACUUGCUGCGCGUGCUGUCCAGGGGAGGCAGCCUGUACCGUGUGCUGCUCUUCCUCUGCUCGAGCGACCCGGAGGGCCAGCGACAGCCAAUCAGCUCGCAGACCAUCGACAUUCUGGACUCUGGCACAGGGACACAGUGGGAUGUCUUCGACGUCAGCGCCAGUCUGAAGAUGCAGCGGAAGUCGCGCUGGAGCAGCGGAGGUGGUGACGGCGCGGUCAGCCCACUGUGCUUUGACGUGGUGGUGGUUUCGGACGCGACAGACGAGGCCGCCGCGCCCUGGGCAGUGGGCUACGGGCGGCAUGGACGGGAGCCCCAGGAGAGGGCCCUGCUGGUGGCCUUCACGCGCACCCGCCGCAAGGAGAACCUGUUCCGGGAGAUCCGCGAGAAGAUGAGGGUCAUGUCGGGGGCCAGUCUGCUCACAGAGCUGCCCUUCGACCCCGGCAUGGAGGGCCGUCGGCCCCGGAGGCGUAGACGCCGGAGGACUGCCCUGACCAGCCGCGUGGGGGGGACCGGGGGAGGGGGGGGCGGUGGUGGCCGAGGCGGUGGAGGAGGAGGAGGAGGCAGCGGCGGCGGAGGCCGCCGGCGCACGCGCUGCAGCCGCAAGCCGCUACACGUGAACUUCAAGCAGCUGGGCUGGGACGACUGGAUCAUCGCGCCGCUGGACUACGAGGCGUACCACUGCGAGGGCGUGUGCGACUUCCCGCUGCGCUCGCACCUGGAGCCCACCAACCACGCCAUCAUCCAGACGCUGAUGAACUCCAUGGACCCCGACGCCACGCCGCCCAGCUGCUGCGUGCCCUCCAAGCUCAGCCCCAUCAGCAUCCUCUACAUCGACUCGGGCAACAACGUGGUUUACAAACAGUACGAGGACAUGGUGGUGGAGAGCUGCGGCUGCAGGUAGCGCUGAGGGACGCGGGCUGAGACACGGGGACGCCAGCCCUGGACUCAGACUGUCCCUGUCCCUUUCCUCUCCUCCCUCCCCUCCUCUCUUCCCCCUCUCU